GCAGUCGAAAUUCGUCGUCGCCAGAGUUCGCCUCGCAUUUUAGUUUUCGCGUAUACGUUUUGUUGUAUUUUGAACGAAGAAAUUGUGUUUUGUGCGCGAUCUGAACGUGAAGAUAUAUAUAAAUAUACGUAUAGCGCAUAUAUACGCUGUGUGCGCACAUAUGUGUAUAAAUAAAUACAUUUAAAUUAUAGUGGUGCACAACAAUAUCAGAAAAAAGGGGCUCACGUGCCUCUAAUUACGACAACUUACGAUUAUUUAAUCAACGCUCCCCAGCCCCAGACAAUCUAUCCCCUAUCCAUCACUCCACCCCACCUCCCCCAAAAACGCUGUUACUAAUCAACUAGUUAGUUGAGAUAUAUACCGAAAGACAGAAAGAGAGAGGGAGAGAGAGAGAGAGAGCGAGCGAGCGAGAGAGUAACUCUCGCAAUUUGUGAAUCUGCCUGGGCAUCAUUUUCCUAGCUGUGAUUAUUUUACAAAUUUAUGCGCCAGUUUCAUGUUAUGGAAUUUUCAAUGGACACCAAAAAAACUAAAAGGCACAAAUCAAAACGCAAAUGAGCAGCACGUGAGCGAAGCAGCCACAGUAGUUGCUGCUGCUACGGCUGUCGGCUCACCUAUCUCGAAUCUAACUCAAACAGCAGCAACCACAACAGCAGCAGCAGCAGCAGCAGCUGGAACACUAACAGCAGCAACAACAAGCACAGGAAUAAGCGAAUCUACAACAGCGGGAACAGCUGGGAAUACAACGACGCCCACGCGGAGUCCACAGCGAAGCGUUGUUUAUCACGAAGAUGCGACGUUCGAUAGCAUUGAUAACGAGUCAUCGCCGUUGGACACGAAUUCUGGUUCACCCGGGCAGCGUCAUUCGAUCAACUCGAGUGAAUACAACUCGACGCCAAAGUCGGCAAGGAAUGGUGGCACAGCUGGCGCUAUCUCAGCUAACGGCAGUGGCACCACCUCGCCCAUCAAUUAUCAAAUCCUCGCUGACGACUACUCCUACAGUAUAGAGUAUGAAUCACAGCAGCAACAACAGCAGCAGCAGCAACAGUCACAGCAGCAACCAACGCUUGGCGUGAGUCAGCUGCAGGAAUCGCUGGCAACGUCAUCGGUGCAGGCGACUUCGGCCACCAUCAGCUACAGCACGAAUCGUCAGAGUUACGCCUCGCCCCCGGCUGCGUUGCCACCGCUCAUCAUACCGCAGCGACAAUCACUGUUGCCGUGGGGCGCACACUCACGCAGCUCCAUCAUCAACGUGCUCCCGAGCUACACUCAAGCCGAGAUGCAUGCGCUGGCAGCGAGUGUGGCCAGCGUGGAGCUCACAGCUCCGCGUCCCGGCGAAAUUGUGAUGCGUAACUUGUUUAGCGACUUCACCGCACAGGCGGAGAAGAAAAUCGAGCUGGUGAUGCUCGAGAGUGCGGACAAGAAUCUCUCGAAGUUGUUGCAACGUGGCGAGGAUCAGCAGUUCGAUCAGUUGCUCUCAGCCUUGGGUUCGGUGGCGGAGCAUUGCUUGCCCUCGUUGUUGCACACGCUGCUCGCUUGGCAUCGCCGGCAACUCUCCGACAUGGAGAUCAAGAACGAUCUCAAGAAACCUGCGACGGGCAGCAGUGUGCAGUCGGUGAAUAAAUCGACGGUGGAUUUGGAUUUUCAGCUGCAACGUCGCGAGGCAGCUGUGGAGUUUAUCUUUUGUCUGGCGCUAAUUGAGAUACUCAAGCAGUUGCCCUUCCAUCCGGGCCAUGAGGAUCUGGUGCGCAGCAUCGAGAAUCUGGCUUUUAAGCACUUCAAGUAUCGCGAUGGUUUGCAGAAUAAUCCGAAUGCGCAUAACAUACACAUGAUUGCUGAUCUCUAUGCCGAGGUCAUUGGUGUGCUCGCCCAGAGUCGCUUUGGUUCGGUGCGCAAGCGUUUCAUGAGCGAAUUGAAAGAGUUGCGCGGCAAAGAGGCGUCGCCCAAUACGACGCAGAGCAUCAUCAGUCUGCUGAUGGGCAUGAAGUUCUUUCGUGUGAAAAUGGUGCCCAUCGAGGAGUUUGAGGCUUCAUUUCAGUUUAUGCACGAGUGUGGUCAGUAUUUCCUCGAGGUGAAGGACAAGGAUAUCAAGCACGCCUUAGCUGGACUCUUUGUGGAGAUAUUGGUGCCCGUGGCAGCUGCUGUUAAGAACGAGGUGAAUGUGCCUUGUGUGAAGAACUUUGUGGAGCUGCUCUAUGUGCAAACGCUGGAUGCCUCGACCAAGUCUAAGCAUCGCUUGGCGCUGUUUCCACUCGUCACCUGUUUGCUGUGUGUCUCGCAGAAGACUUUCUUCCUGACCAAUUGGCAUUAUUUCCUCGCCAUGUGCCUGAGCAAUCUCAAGAAUCGCGAUGCUAAGAUGAGUCGCGUGGCUUUGGAGUCGCUUUAUCGCCUGCUUUGGGUCUAUAUGAUACGCAUCAAAUGUGAAUCGAACUCGGCGACGCAUUCGCGUCUGCAGAGCAUUGUCAACUCGCUGUUUCCCAAGGGCUCCAAGGGCGUUGUGCCGCGUGAUACACCGCUGAAUAUAUUCGUCAAAAUUAUUCAGUUUAUAGCGCAGGAACGUUUGGACUUUGCCAUGCGUGAGAUUGUCUACGAUUUGCUGUGCGUGGGUCGCUCUAUCAAAGUGAUACUCAAUCCGGAACGCAUGAGCAUUGGUUUACGUGCCUUUAUGGUCGUUGCGGACUCGCUGCAGCAGAAGGACGGUGAACCGCCAAUGCCGCGCACGGUGCCCGUGUUGCCAUCGGGCAAUACGUUGCGCGUGAAGAAGACGUAUAUCAAUAAGUUGAUCACCGAUGACACGGCACGCAGCAUUGGCAUGUCUGCAUACUUUCCGCAUGUGCGGCGCGUCUUUGUCGAUAUAUUGCGUGCCUUGGACGUGCAUUGCGGUCGCCCUUUGAUGAUGACAAACACACAGAAUCAGAAUAAGGAACCCGAUGAGAUGUUAUCGGGGGAGCGUAAGCCACGCAUUGAUUUGUUUCGCACUUGUGUCGCUUCGGUGCCGCGUUUAAUUCCGGAUACGAUGACCGCACAGGAGCUGGUUGAUUUGCUGUCUCGGCUGACGGUGCACAUGGAUGAGGAGUUGCGCAUUUUGACGCAUCAAUCGCUGCAGACGCUGAUGAUUGAUUUUCCGGAUUGGCGUCAGGAUGUCGUGCACGGUUACACCCAGUUUCUGGUGCGCGAUGUCACCGACACCUAUCCGCAAUUGUUGGAGAACUGCACACGCAUACUGUUCGUCUUCCUCAACAUCUGGCGCUGUGCUAUCAUUGUGAAUGGCACCACAGUUGCUGGCGGUGGCAACACAACAAGUAAUACUGGCACUGGCGGCAACACGGUGCCCAAUGCUGCCGGCGUUGCUGGCGCUGGCGGCGUGAAUACAGUGCAACAAAAACUUGGCGGUACAGCGCCUACAAUCACCACAGCUGCCGGACCGAGUUCAACUGCAGCAACAGCAGCUGCUACAGCGCCCGUGGCGGGCAAGGAAACAACCAACAGUCAGCUGUCGAAACAACAACAUCUGAAUACCGCCAGCAGCGCCACGUCGAGCAUAACCACCUCGAGUGGCAUGUCCAGCAUUACGCAGCACACGGUGCUCAAUAUGGUGGCCAACGAUGUGGGCAAAAAGAACGAGAUUCCGCUGGUGACUACGUUGCACUUUGUCGAGGGCUUUGCACUCGUGUUGCUCUGCAAUUAUCGUCCGUAUUUGCGCAAGCUGGCGGCGAUGAUACUCAAGGAGGUGAAGAAUCUGAUGCGUGUGCUGGGCAUACCCGAAACGGAGCCGCCGCUCAUCGAUGUGAUGGAUCGUUGCUGUCCGCAGAUUGUGGAGAAGUGUCUGCCACAGUUGCCGCAGGCCGAGAAGACGGCCAUACUGAAUGCGAAUUGCAUCGAUCUGCAGUGGAUAGCGGAGCGUUCAAGCGGCGUCUGGUUGGCAGGACUCACAGAUGACAACUCCAAGUCAUCGACUUCGACGCUGAAUCUGUCGCAGACCAGCUCAUCGGCUGUAGCCGCAACAGCUACAGCAGCGAGCUCCGCACAACCGCAGUUUGAUCCUUGGGCCACCUGUUUGUUUGGUUUGCUGGAGCGACAGCGAGUGCUGCAGCAAUGUCCCUCGGCGGUGGCGCAGGCUUGGCCCAUUUGCUAUGCUCGUCUCAAUGCGCUCUACAGUGUCAUCGAUCCCACUCCUGUGAGCGACAAUCGCGCUUCGUUGUUGCGCGGUUCGGCGCCGACUAAGAAAAUGCCCACCGAAAGUCAAAAGGAUUCGUAUAUGCGUUUGUGGCGCAAUCAAGUGGCAUGUGCCAUGCGUCUCGUGCCACAAAUACCCAGCGUUGCUGUGCGCUGCGCCUCGCCCGAUCUGAGCUUGAGUUUACAAGAUCAAUCGGAUUCACGUUCGCUAUCCGAUUCCUUGGACAAUAUACCGUCAAAUGUCUUUGGGCCCGAGGGAAUCGUUACGCGUUUCACCCUGCCGCUCUCCUACGGACGCAAAGAGGCGCGCCAGAAACGACUUGGCUCAUCGCCAGAUUCCCUAAACGCGGAUCGCAGUGACAAGUCGGCAAUGGGCAGCGCCUCGCCCCAAGCACUCUACAAACUGGUUGUUCCCCUGCUACGCUGUGAAGCCAUCGAUGUGCGGGACGCGGCUGUCAAUGCGUUGGGCAUGAUAAACCACGAUGCGCUCAAGGAUCUGAUGGAGGAGCUCGUUGUCUACAUACGCGAGGCAGUUGAUCGCAAACAGGAGAAUAUGCGACGACGUCGACGACGCGACGCACUGCGUCUGCAGGUGGUACGGGUGCUGGAGAAGAUUGCCGAGAAUGGCACUUUUGGAGUGAGCACUUGCGUUUUGGAGCGCGAUACGAUGUCGUUGCAUCCCACAUUUGUGGAAUACAUUGAAGGCGCUAUGGCAUAUCUAAUGGCCGAAACGGAUAAGGAUAAUCUCAGCAUACGUGAGGUCAAGGCGCACUUUUGCAAUUUCAUACGCAAAAUGAUUAAGAACUUUUCGCUGGAAUCAUGUGCCACGCUGUUGUCGCGCGACUUGAAGCGUAAUCUAUUCAAUUUGUUUGCCACUUGGUGUGGCAACUUCUCGAAGCCGCUUAGCAUUAGUUCACAGAUUGGCCAAACACUCGAGGAGGAGAAACUGCAAUUUAGCGCCUUACAGGCCAUGUCCGCUUUGCUGUGUUGCGGACACAUCUUCUAUACGCCGCAUUUGCAAGACGAUGGCAUCAUUUACAAAUGGCUGGAUUUGCUCUUGACUUCCAAGGAUGAAAAGAUUUAUCAGCUGGCGCGCGAUACAGUUGUUUUGUUGCUGGAAUCCAAUCCGGAUAUGGGACAACUGCUCGAGUGGGUAAUCGAUCGCUGUUAUACCUCAACGCCACGCGAGGCAGACGCUUGUUUCCUGGCCCUCGCAUCGAUCUUCAGUGCCAAGGAAUAUCCUUGCGAUCAUUACACCUCGGUCAUAACCGUAACGCUGUUAAUGACGGGCUGUCCACGUGUUGAGGUGCAUGCCACCGCAUUGCAGCUGCUGCAGAUAUUGGACAAACGUUUCUUUGGCAGCGUCGUUGGCACGCUGCACAGCGACAAUGAGAAAGAAGACGACACAAAGGUCGUGGGCACUUUGGAUGUGCUGCUGAGCAGCGCUUAUUGUCGCUCGCAGCGUUUCCUCUCCAAACAGCUGGCACAGCUGCGUCCCGAACUGACCAUGUCCAUAUUUUCCGAAAUUACGCAUCGUUUUCAGAGCGCACGCGAAGAUGUGCGCGCCCUGCUGUUGCAGUGCCUCCUCCCCUGGCUGCAGAACAUGGAACUGGUAGCUACGAGUGUGCCACCUGCGACGCCCCUCUCCUACAUUAUGUAUUUUCCGGACUCGGGCACACGCGGUCGUCGAGAGGGCACCGGCUCAACGGAGGCAACGGAAAUGAUACUGAAUAAUCUUUUCUACAUAACAGCAAAGUUUUCGGAUGCACAUCCGCGGGAUAUCGAGGAGUUGUGGGGCACUUUGUGCCAGUUCUGGCCCAACAAUCUGAAGGUCAUAUUGCGCUACCUGGUCAUCAUGAGCGGCAUGGCGCCCACCGAGCUAUUACCCUAUGCCAAGCGAGUGGCACUUUAUUUGGCACGCAGCUGUCCGGAUCGUUUGCUGGACGAGCUCAUGGCCGAACUACAAACAGUGGAGACACUCAACUGUCUCAUUGAGCGCACCGAGACGCCUCCAUUCUACAGAUUGACAAGCAUGCGAAAGGCAUCCAGUCACAGUGCCGAUGGUCAAGCGGUGGGCGGCAUUAAUGAUUCGCGCACACAAGAUCUGACCGUGGAGAAGGGCACCAUUCACACGAAACGACAUAGCGGCGAGGACCCCAUUAAAAUAGGCACCUGCAAGUCGGACAGCGGCAUUCGUGCCUACACCCAGGCAGCUGCAGCUGCUGCCGCUGCCGCUGUCACGCCCAUUGCGGGCGGAAGUCGACCACCUCGUGGCGCAGACAAAAUACGUGCCGCAUCGGGACCAUCGAUAUUGCCACGUCCGGAGGAUAUACUCAUCAAUGACCCCGAGUUGCGUCAGGAGGAGAACGUGGAGUUGCGCAAUGCAUCCGAGGCACCGACGAAUGCCCAUCCACAUCCGUUGCCCAUGCCCGAAUACGGUGGCUACUUUGCACCCCUCACGGAAUUUCUGCCGGAUGUCAGUUUGCCCAUCAGCGGAUUUCAUCGCUGCAACGUAGCCGUUAUGCUGCUCACGGACAUUGUCGUCGACGGCAUUCCGGGCAUCGAUUGGACAUUACAUCUGCCCUUGAUGCUGCACAUUUUGUUCCUUGGCCUGGAUCACACACGCAUCAUUGUGCGGGAGCAUUGCAAGCAACUGUGCGUCAAUCUGUUGAUUGUGCUGGCCGAGCACAACGAUCACUUGACCGUGGCACGCAUUCUACUCAACAGCGAGACAAGCAAACUGGAUCUAGGCUUAACUGUGCCAGCUUUGCCAGUGAUUGACAAUAAUUUCACCGAGCUGCAUCAGCAAUUCGAUAGCUAUCUGCUGCACGUGAGUCCACAGGCAGCAGCCUAUGCGCUGCAUCAUAAUCUCUCCAGUUCAACGAUUAUUGCCGCUUCGCAUGUCACCAAUCAACAAACUUUGCCGCAAACGCCGCAGAAUCUGCAACAACCGUCGCCAGCGCAGAACGCAGCACUGAGUGCCACACCACCAACGCUGGCCACAACUCCGGCAGCGCUGCAGAUCAAUCCCAACAACACGGAGAACUCGGAGGUGCCGCUGAUAAACGCCGAUGAGCAUGCGCCACCACAACCGGGUCCGAGCAUGCCCAUUGCACAUGUGAUCAAGAGUCUUCUCAAGUUUUUGGCACACGACACGUGUCAACCGUUGUGGAACUACGAGGACAUUACGGCCAAGGUGUGGGCUGUGAAAUCAGCGGAACAGCUCAGCUGCUUCCUCAAGCACAUGGUCAAGGUGUUUGCCGACAGUUAUCCCCAGGCGCGCAUUGCCGAGCGCUGGGCACAGACCGCUCUCCAAUUGGGUUUGUCCUGCUCGUCGCGUCAUUAUGCGGGUCGCUGUCUGCAAAUCUUUCGCGCAUUAAAUGUGCCCAUCAAUUCACGCAUGCUGUCGGAUAUAUUGUCACGUCUCGUGGAAACGGUUGCCGAGCAGGGUGAGGACAUGCAGGGAUAUGUGACGGAGUUGCUGCUCACUCUCGAAGCAGCUGUUGAUAGUCUUGACUCGGACUUUAGACCGCUGGAUGUUAUGAAGGACAUUUUCAAGAGUACGCCCAAUUUGAACAACAAGGACGGCGGUCCCAACUCCAUACUGCCGGGAAAGAAGUCGCCGUCGGGCAUGACGCCACAAUCCUCGAAUUACUCAAUACCUAGUCAUGGACGCAGCACCAGUUACUCGGUUUCCUAUUGCGGUCGCAAGGCCAACAAUUCGCCCUGCGAUAAACAGGUGGAGCUGCGGAAUCGAGCCUCUGGCAUUGAGCUGGAACGUAGUGUUGUCUGCAAGUUCGGUGGUGUGGGCGUUGGAGCUGGUUCGGCUUUGUCCAGGUCGCGUAGUGCCCAGAGCUUGAAGAUGCUGGGUGAUACGGCGACACAGGAUGAUAAGAUGACCAUACUGGCGCAAUUAUUUUGGCUAUCGGUUUCACUGCUCGAAUCGGAUUAUGAGCACGAGUUCAUGCUGGCUUUGCGGCUGCUUACACGAGUGUUGCAUCGCCUGCCACUGGAUCGUCCGGAUGCGCGGGACAAGGUGGAGAAACUGCAACAGCAAUUGAAGUGGACUGCCUAUCCGGGUGUGCAUGCACUGCUGCUCAAGGGCUGCACACACAGCGCUACCUAUGAACCGACAAUCACGCUGCUCUCACAGUUUGCACCGUUGCUUAGUCUGCCAGUUUGUGAUCCCACCCAGAGCUGUGCGUUCCCCAUGAAUGUGAUUGCUCUGCUGCCCUACAUGCUGCUGCACUACGAGGACGCCAAUGAGAUUUGCAUACGAAGCGCAGAGAACAUUGCACAUGUGUCGACCGAGCUGGGCGCUAAGCUAGAGAACCUAGGAACCGUGAUGACGCUCUACAGCCGCAAGACAUUCUGUAAGGAAUCGUUCCAGUGGACCAAGUGUGUGGUGAAGUAUUUGCAUGACACUUACGCACACAUGGGACUCCACAUGCUGGCCUUCCUCAUCGAGGUGCUGGAAAAGGGACCGCAACAGGUGCAGGUGCCAGUUCUCAAUGUCAUUCACUGCAUGCUGCACUAUGUCGAUCUGUCGGCGCCACAAGCGCAAACCAUAAAUGCGGAUCUAUUGCGUGCUAUUGGCAAAUAUUUGGAUACUGUGAACUGGAAGGACUCGCUGAAGAUACUCAAGCUGAUUGUGACACGCAGCUCGUCGCUGCAAGUGGUGCCGCCCAGCGAUGGCAGCAGCGCCGGCUUAUCGUUCUCCUUCUAUAGCGCAUAUCCGGACUCGGAUAUGUUCUGUAAAAAGGAACUGGCCGGCCGCACCAUGGAGUUCACCUUUGAUGUCUCACAGACGCCGCUCAUCGGUCGUCGCAUACUGCUCAAAACGGAGGAGCCCAACCUAGUGGGCGGCGGAUCUGGUGGUGGUGCAUCGGGCACUGGAAAUUCAUCGCUCAACUCGACGCUGACCAAUGCCACAACUGUGACGGUUGCGCCUGCCCAACAGGCCAGCGCACAGCUGCAGCAGCAACGGGCCCACAGCAAUGUGGCGGCCAUUGCCGCCUCUGCCGUCGCUGCCCAGCAACAACAACAGCAGCAGCAACAGCACCUGUUGCAACAGCAACAACAGCAGCAGCAACAACAACAGCAUGUUGUUGGUGGUCUUGGCAGCAUUGUUGGCACUCCGAAUUCACCAAGACGCAGUGCGAGUCUCUCUCCGGCGGAUACAGUGCCGCUCAGUGGAUGGAAACGCCCGUGGAUGUCACAGUGUCGAGUGCGGGAAUGCCUUGUUAAUUUGCUGACCACAUGUGGUCAACGUGUGGGUCUGCCCAAGUCGCCAUCGUCGUUGAGCACGUCACUUCUAACGGGAUCGAUUGCGACCAGACAAAGCGUUAUAUUUAGCCAAUCGUCGGAUCUUAUGGAGCGUCAAUCUUCGGCCGCCUCCUCCACCGAGGAAACGUCAGGUCCACAAGGUGAUCUUAGCAGCGGAUCACGACGCGAUGACGGACAGCCCGAUUUUACCGUGUUCAAGGACUUUGAUUUCCUGGAGUACGAGGACAGCAUUGCUGGAGAGUCAACGGACAACUUUAACUGGGGCGUACGACGCCAUCAGUUUGUUGGCGAUGAGGAAUGCUUGAAUUGUGGCAGUGGUAUCGGUGGCUCCAUCAAGGGAGGCCAUUCCUCGGCGCUGGAGGAUAGCUUCAGCGAUAAGACGCCCAUUUUGAGCAAACGCAAGCGACAAACCGCCGAUGAUUCUUCCGAUGAAGAGGGCGAAUCGGAAUCUCCACUCGACGACGAUCAUCGUCAGUCGUUCUUGAAGAACUGCUUUAGCGCCGUGCCGCCCACAUCUUUGAGUCUGCGCGAGCGUCGGCGUCGCAACUCGGUGUCGCGUAGCGAUACCAGUGGCUCAAGUGCUGGAGAUUUGGGUGAUAUUACACCCUGCAAUGCCUCGCCUCAUCUGCAGGGCAUCAUUCGCUUUGGUGCCGCAAUACGCGAUGAGGCCGAGGAGAAUUGGCGACGUCAGUUGCAAUCGAUGCUUGUUAAUCAGCCAUCGGCACACACCUCAGAGCUGUUAAUGCAAUUGUAUCGACUGAUCAAGGAGCUAACGUUCAAGACAAUCAGCAUUUCGAAGGAGGCAAAGAAGUUCUUCACAGGCAUUGGAUCGCAAUUGGGAAAUCGCAUAUCGCUCUUUACAGAUCUGUUGAGCUCUCGCGCAGAUCCGCCGCGUGUUUGGUGCAGCGAACUGCAGACAACGACGCCCAAGUUGUUUGAAAUGCUGCGUUUUAAUGUGCUCGAGGUGCAGGAGCAUCUUGAGACGUUCUUCGAUCGCAAGGAUCAGGUGUUGGAGUGUUUGGAUGCGGUGAAAACGUCGUGUAAGUUGUCGCUGUUCAAUGAAUCGGAUGUCGCUGCUUCCGGCUUGGAGAUGCCCAGCAGCAGCUCGAGCAUAGCCUAUAUGCCUUUUGAUCCUGCCUCCACGGAGGUGGUGCUCGAUCUGGGCCGUUCCUUGUACAAACUAAUGUUCCAGCUGUUGCUGCUGAUCGAAUCGAAUCAUAAAAUAUCCUCGAAUGUGGUCAAUCAUUUUCGUGUUAACGAAGACAUGCAUGACAUAUCCGAUCUUUAUGCCUUGGUGCGCGAUGCAUUGGUGCGUUGCACCACGGAAGCAGAGAUCGAUUGCCUGGAAUCAUCCACCUCUACUGAGGGUGAACAUACGCCGACGCCGUCGCCUGGCUUGCCGAUGACCCAGGAAGAGUUUGAGGCAUCGUUGCAUGAGCAUAUUGGUCUUCAACGUUGGUCCAGUGCCAUUUCACAUGUGCGACAGUAUCGGCGUGUCUCUACGUUAAAUGCAGGCGAUCAAAGUCUGACCAUUUUCAGCUAUGGCAAUAUCGAUAGUCGCAUCAAAUUCGACGAGAUGACCAUCAUAUUGAAUGCUUAUGCUCACAGCAUUAUGAAGGAUCGAACAGAGGACUUCAUUGUGUCCAAAUCCGACUCGGAGCUGUUUGAGGUGUACGCAAUACUCUCGGAGAACUUGUAUCACGUGUCCAGCGCCUUGACCAACAUGGAAAUCAACAUGAAGAGCUAUCACAUGGGCGCCGGAUCAAACAAUUUGCAUCGCAGCGAACAAGAUAUUGUGACAAAUCUUUAAAUUUAAAACAAAUGGAACUUCUACAUAUGGCUAAACUUAGUGCAGGAUUAAGCUCAUUUUGAUAUGCUAUCUAAUCAAAUAAAUAGUUGUUAGUAUUUAAGCAGCAUUAUUAUAUAGGUACUACUAUCCCACUAUCAUUCAGUUGAGAGAGAGUUGAUAAAUCAUUAUUGUGAACAAAUGUGUUUUUAGGGUACGAAUACGAUACAAUUACAUAAUAUACUUACAUAUACGAUAAAUACAUAUAACAGCUAUGGCAAUUAGUUUUUGUGGCGAAACCCAAUGGAACAAUUUGC